AUGGAUGGUGACCCCAAACGGAGACGGCUGGAUCCUCCUGAAGAUGCCCUGCACGACUACUUCCAUGUUCCACGCCGGCCUCUUCUGCAUCCCCCACCGCUCGGCACGAGCCUCGCUCCACGGCUUCAUCCCAUGGAUGGCACCGGACCCUUCCAAAGGUGCGAGCCUGCACCGGUCAUCCGACAUCGGCCUGAAGACUCAUGGCCUCCGGGACCGCGCUACCGCGUGCAGUGCGUUCUGGGCAAGGGAACCUUUGGCACGGUUUGCAAGGCAGUGGAACUCCGCAGCCAACGGACGGUU